AUGUUUCAUCUGGUGCGGAAUCGCUGGUGUCUUGCGUCGGUUGUGUUGACCCUCAGCCAGCUGACGACCAUCGAAGGGCAGAUAAGUCUAUCAUCCGUACCAUGCGGAAGACAGCAGCAACGGAUCGUUGGCGGUGUGAACUCCAACCGUGGUCAAAUUACGUACAUUGCCAGCCUCACGAAACGGGGCGGUCAUUUUUGUGGUGCAUCGAUCGUUAAUGAGCGAUGGCUCCUUACCGCUGGACAUUGUGUGUGCAGUGGUGUCAAUAAGGUGCUGCGCGCCAAUCAAAUCCAAGCCGUACUAGGCCUCUACCGAAGGUCCGAAUUCGGUGGCAAUCAAAUUGAUACGGAUGCUUUCACCGAUCGUGCUUACGAGGUGGGCCUACGGACGAUCGUACCUCAUCCCGGGUACGUUUGUGAUAAACCAGUGAAUGAUAUCGCUCUGCUGGAGCUUGCCAGACGUAUCGACUUUACCGCAUCCGUUCGGCCAAUCUGUCUCUCGAGCGGUGCGGACGGAUCAGCACGUGUCGAGGGACGGACGGCAGUUGUGGCCGGUUGGGGUUGGCAGCAGGAAAAUCGUAACCUUGGCGAUAAGGCAGACACACUGCAGCGGGCAGUGGUGGAUGUGUUCCGGAAUGAAGAAUGUGAAGGCAUGUACCGGCGUGCCAAUCGAUCGAGAACGAUUGCCCGGACGCAACUGUGCGCCGGUAAGGGUACGGGAGGCGUCGAUGCGUGUUGGGCAGAUUCGGGUGGCCCACUGGUAACGAGUGACAACGUGCUGAUUGGUAUAGUUUCGACUGGAAUUGGCUGUGCCCGGCCCGGGUUUCCUGGCAUUUAUACACGGGUGAGUGAGUACGCCAGCUGGAUCGUAACGGUGAUUGAUCGGUUCAAUAGGAGGUAA